AAUAUUUACAACAGAUUUUAAUAAAAUUUUAUAAAUUUUUACUAUUUGAGCUAUAGUGAAAAAGUAACUCUUUCAGACCAUGUGAUCUAUAGUGCAGAUGAUGUUAAAGUCAUCUGUUUCUUUGGCCAACAUGAGCAGGGUGUCAGCACAACGACCAACCGCCUUUACUUUACCCAACUUAAGUCAGAUACCCAUUAGUGUUGGGUGAACUCAAGGGCGCCCUAAAAAUCCUGAAGAUCAAAAUCCCAGUCCUUGCCGAGAUUCGAACCCAGGACCCCAGGUUUGGAAGCAAAGCGCUUAACAACUCAGCCACCACGCCCCCAAUUUGAGCUAUGAAUGGACCUUAUUUUUAAUAACUUAGCUGCAUAACAUUUAGCUCUGGAGCUUUAGAGGGGAAAUAACCCUUGGGGGAUUAUGGGCACGACAUGGCCUAAAUUGUGCAGAUGUGCCAAAAGCCCAAAAUAUCAAAUAUCUUAUCAGGCUAUGUUAGUCCAGUUAGAGUAUUUGGGUUUUAAUGAAAUUUUUUGUUAAUACCACUAAUGACAUUAAUUUUCUUUAUAGUUGACAAAAGCCUCAUAGCCUUUGGAAGAUAGCAAGCCCUGGAACACAAUGUCCUCAAAGGAUGUGACACAACCUGAAAUUAAUGAGGACGCUAGUGAGGGAGGUGCGACUGCAGGAAGUUUCAGUGACUCUCAAAAUUCAGACAGCUGGAGUUUUAAAAAAGAGAACUACAGCAAACAGUUAAAAAGCUGGCCACACACUGGACGGCACAUUCUUGCUCACUAUGAUGAGAGUUCUAUUGUUGUCUAUCAAGCUUAUAAAGCCUCCAUCGCAGAGUUUGCUGUUCAAAAUCAGAGACUUGGUGGUCCACACUUCAGCUUUGAUCGGAUGUCAUGGAUAAAAACAAGCUUCAUGUGGAUGAUGUACCGGUCUGGUUGGGCCCAGAAAGACCACCAAGAGCAUGUACUUGCUAUACAGAUUAGCAGAAAAGGAUUUGACUCUAUUCUUUCCAAGGCUUAUACUAUGAUGAAACAAAAAGCAGCCAGACUUGAGACCAAAGAUAUUGAAGUGCGGCUACAGUGGGAUCCUGACCAUGACCCUCAUGGGGAAAAACUAACCCGUAAAGCUAUACAGCUAGGACUCAAAGGCAAGACACUAUUAGAUUUUGCUACUACCUAUAUUUGUGCAAUCCAUGACAUAACAGAUUAUGUCCAUAAACAAUAUCAGGUCUUAGAGACUCGAGGUGUACAAGAUUUAGAGACUCCUUUGGAACAAAUCUACAUCCCAGGAGAUCCAAAAAUCUGUGAGUUACUUGACUUAGAUGUGCAAGAUAACUCCAAGUCAUAGCCUUGUGUUAUUGAUUGAUGCCGGGUCAUGUGAUAUUCUGUUAUAUAUUUAUUAAUAGAUUGUAAUUUCAAAUGUUUUUCUAUGUUGUUAUUAAAAUUGUUUAUAACUGAUA